GUCUUUCACUUAUCUCAUAUUGAGAUCUGCAGUUUGGCAACAAAUUUCGCUUAACUAAUCUUUUAUAUAUCAAACUUGCAUGUAUGAGCACUUCAAAAAGUAAAUGUCCCCUUUGUGUGCGCUCUUUUGGUCUAAUCUUAUGGAAACAUACAUGUCAAAUCUGUAAGCGUACGGUAUGCGAUGACUGUGCGCCGAAAAUGUCUCAAACAGACAACCAUGGUAAGAAAAUACGUGUUUGCUCAGAAUGUUAUGAUUCUAUGAAUAUUUCGAAGUUCACUAGUAAGUACACAUCGAAAAGCUCAAAUUCCGCCACUUUUGAGGGUAAUCAUAAAAAUAACAGUGUACAUGAAAAGCAAGCUGAGGCGGUUGGGGAAAAGAAUCAUUCAACACAUGUGGGCAAAUCUAAUUCGAAUUCAACGCUAGCGGCAUCAGGACAUCCUUCAAAGAGCUCAAUCAACUACUUAGGAACCAUAACAUCUCCAAGAAGCGAGUGUAAUGUUAAUAAUCCUGUCUUAGAGGCUGCUCUCCGUCGUCAGAAAGGAAAUUCCCUUAACAAUGAAAGAAAAAUCGGCGAUGAAAAGAUGAAUUUGAUAUAUGAAAUAGAGACUUUGUGUGAGAGCAAAGGUGAAACUGCGCCAUUUGGUCUACGAGCUUCUGAUGAAGUGAAGCUGAGGAGUUAUCUGAAGUAUCUUAAGGGAAAAUACAAAUUCUAA